GGUUUAGGCAAAUGUCUUUGAGUUUAGGAUGACUCAUGAAUCAUUGCCUCCAGAGCGGUUGAUGUACUGUGCUCCAGGCAGCAAUGCCUCAUGUAUUGCGACACGGAAAGGUUUAUGGACAGAUGUUGCCCUCUAUUUGGUGUUUCUUUCAGGCAUGCUGGUUACAAUUUUAGGGAACUCACUUGUCAUCGUGUCAGUUUGUCAUUUCAAACAGUUGCAUAGUCCUACCAAUGUGCUCAUUUCAUCUCUUGCUCUGGCUGAUCUACUAGUGGGUGUUAUUGUGAUGCCAUACAGUGCCACCCGGACUGUUCAUGGCUGCUGGUUCUAUGGUGAUACAUUCUGUCAUGUCCAUUUCAGUUUUGAGGUGUUUCUCACCACUCUCUCUAUCUUUCAUCUAAUCUGCAUUGCUGUUGACAGACAUCAAGCAAUAUGUAAUCCUCUGCAUUACUCAAGAAAAAUCACAAUGUCAGUGGCUGUGAUGAUGGUAUGUGUCAGCUGGGCACUGGCUGCUGUCUAUGCUUAUGGAGUCAUUUAUUCAAAGGCCAACUUGGCAGGUUUAGAGGACAUAUCAGAAUUAUUUUGCCGUGGCAGUUGUUAUAUUUACUUUAACCCACUUUGGGGAGUGUUGAGCAGUGCUUUGUGCUUUUUCUUUCCCUGCACUGUGAUGGUUUGUCUUUACGCUAAAAUAUUUGUUGUGGCAAAACAGCAUGUAAGAAAGAUUGGAGAUAAGAACAAUAGUUUAAAUGACAGAGGGAGAGGUGGGUUGAUCAAGCACUCUGAGAGCAAGGCUGCAAAGACUCUCAGUAUUGUUCUUGGCGUAUUCAUCUUUUGUUGGAUGCCCUUUUUUAUGCAAUAUAUCAUUGAUCCCCUCACUGGCUUCAGAAUUGAUCCUAACCUCUUGGAAGCAUUAUACUGGUUGAGUUACUUCAAUUCAGUCUGUAACCCCAUUAUUUAUGCCUUGUUUUAUCCCUCCUUUAAAAAAAGUUUUCAUUGCAUAAUAACUAUGAAAUUUCCUGUUUUCCGCCUGCUCACCCAACCCCUCCUCCAAGGCUUCACUCAGCUCUCCAGAAACACGCACCUGCUACACCUAGCAAGGCUGCACCUGUCCGCCUCCAUCUCACCUGACCGCAUCAUCUCCGCUUGCCCCCCCCCAGCGCCGCUUGCAGACACAGCCAAGCCCACUCUCUUUCGCUCUCGUUCUGUCUGGUAG